GUAUUUUGUGAAUGUGUGAGAGUUACUUUUGAGUUUUGUUUGUGGGAUCAGCUCAGGCUGUGGUCCAUCACAGAGAGGUGAUGCUCCCUGGGUCUGUAGCUACGGGGAGAGGGGGGGUCCUCACACCCUCUUAUAUUUCUCCUUCCUCCUCUACAGGCAUCUCAGGCAGCGGAGACCAUCCAUCUCCCUCAUCCACAGAGCCCUCAGAGGAGGAGGGCCCCCCAACAUUGCCUCAGGGCCCCCCAAUCCCUGGUGACCCCUGGCCAGGGGUACCCCCUCUCUUUGAGGACCUUCCACCUCCAGGCCCCAGUCAUCCCUGGAGAGACCUGCCUGAAUCUGGAGUCUGGCCUUCUGUACCCCCUAGAACUGAUCCCCCUCAACCUCCUCAGCCUGAUGACACCUGGCCAGCAGGACCCCAGCCUCCAGAAAACCCCUGGCCACCUGCCUCCAAGGUGGGCCACGGAUCUCAGGAGGAGCCAGAUCUUGACCCACCCCAGGAAGAGUACAGAUAAUGGAUCCCCCAGAGGCAUCCUGGGCCUCUGCCCUCAAGCCCAUCUUUACCCUCUGAUUUCCCUUGAAUUCUCCCCAAUUUAGCCUAACUCCUUAAUUCCUUUCCUCAUUCCUUCAGUUUUAUCCUGAACCCGGAAGUGUUGUUCUCAAAAUUUUCUGUCCCCCCUUGAGAUCGGUAUUUAGCCCCCGCCAACCCCCUUCUUUUUCCUCUGACAGCCAAAGUGAACACCCCUACCUCCUCUCCAGUCCUCUCCCCUCCCACCGCCUCUUCCCCACCCCUGGGACUCUCCGGGCAGGGCUGGCAGCACUGUGUUCUCUGCUGCCACCUGGUGGCCGCCAGCUGGGAACUACCAGGAGACCAUGGUGCUUCCAUGAAAUGGAAAAACAAAAAACCAUGUUUUCU